GAAGGUCGACUUCCGUUUUCACCCGUGCCAUUUUCUGGCGAACUUGACGCGUCUCCAACAGCACAAGAAGCACUUUGUCUCGGCGGAGUGGGGAGUUGACAGGCGAAAGAGGGGGAUAUAGAGGGACACUGAAUUGGACUGGCCCGGUUCACUUACGCCGCAGACCCUGCGGCAGGACAAGGACAGGAGUCCCUCGGAGAGGACCGGAAGGUGGGAGAAAGGACAUCAACUUGGACUGGAUCGGGGACCCUCGGAGACCCUCGGAGGAUUGGGAUACAGAGGGGCACCACUGGGCGGGGAGGGGGCCCACGAUCAGGCUGUUAUGAUGGUGGUGAUGCACCGAGAGCAGAGCAGAAGAUUCCUGCAGAGCCCGACACAUUGCACCACAAACCCGCAACCCAGUGUGACCUUCUGCAGGGUUAGACGCUUCUGCUUCUCUCCAUCAUAGCCUCGUCAACACAAGACCGGAUUUCCAAACCAAAGCUUGAUCCAAACAACCGGGUAACGUUAACAGUGUACCCUGCGAGCUCCAUUCAUUCUCCACCCCGUUUGCGGGAUGAGACGGGGAUUUGAAUCUGGACGGAGAGAUUAGCUUUGAACCGAGGCUGCCUUGUACUGCACCGGUUUCGAUGUGCAUGCAGCACCGGUUGUUUUGAGCCGUGCAACAGACAAGAGGAGGAAAGAUGUUGGUGCGAUGCUACCGGGGAAAGCUGUCGGUGUGGGCCGCUCUGUGCGUGCUGGUGCUCUGCUGGUUUUACAUUUUCCCCGGCUACAGACUCCCCCGCGAUAGAGAAAUAGUUGAGGAGGUGCUGAGGCAGGGCGAAGUAUGGCAGAAGAACCAGACGGGCAUUGAUGUAUACAGGAAGUUGCUGACAGAGUGCUGCGAUCCGCGGAGGAUGUUUGCAGUGACCAAGGAGAACUCGCCGAUGGGCAAGGUCCUGUGGUACGAUGGCGAGUUUUACCACUCGCACACCGUCAACAAUGAGACUUACCCACUCUUUGUGAAGGGCAACCCUCUGCAGCUGCCCCUGAAGAAGUGUGCGGUGGUGGGCAACGGUGGCAUUCUCCGACACAGCAAAUGUGGACAGGACAUUGACCAGGCCGACUUCAUCAUGCGGUGCAACCUUCCACCGCUUUCAAAGGAAUAUGUGGUGGAUGUGGGAACCAGAUCACACCUGGUUACAGCCAACCCCAGCAUCAUAGAGAAAAGAUUUCAGAACCUCCUGUGGUCGAGAAAAGCUUUUGUGGACAGUAUGAAGGUCUACGGCUCCAGCUACGUCUACAUGCCAGCGUUUUCUAUGAAGCCUGGCACCGACCCGUCACUGCGGGCGUAUUACGCCCUGGCGGACACCUCCUCCAACCUCACCAUGCUCUUUGCCAACCCCGAAUUCCUGCGCACGGUGGGAAAAUUCUGGAAAGGCCGCGGGGUGCACGCCAAACGCCUCUCCACGGGGCUCUUCCUGGUCAGCUUGGCCUUGGGGCUGUGCGAGGAAGUGACGGCCUACGGCUUCUGGCCGUUUUCCGUCGGCCUGGACGAGCAGCCGGUCAGCCACCAUUACUACGACAACAUCCUGCCCUAUAAAUGGUUCCACGCCAUGCCUGAGGAGUUUGUCCAGCUCUGGCACCUACACAAAAGCGGCACACUGCGCAUGAGAGUGGGACGCUGCCCCCCUCAGGAAGGAGGGAGUUAGAGCUUCUUGAUGAGUGAAGGAACAGCUGUCAGUUGAUGUGUAGCGGGCUACAGGAAGCAGAAGAAAACAUCUGGGGUGUUAAGCGGCAGGAAGUUGUUGUCAUUACAAAAAUGGGUGCAGAUAGUUCCUCUGAGGAACCUCUGCACUGCACCUGUGUCCAAACACACUGCUGCCCCCCACCCCCCACCCCCUUAGCGUAUCCCCAAUUAUAAUGUGAAUGUCCGCCACCUAGACCAACAGCAUUGGGGACAGAUUGCACACUGACACAUGCAGCCAAACACACACACACACACACACACACACACACACACACACACACACACACACACACACACACACACACACACACACACACACACACACACACACACACACACACACACAUUCCCAAAACUUGUCUCCUCCAUUUGUUUCUUAGAUUGUGUGUGUGCAUGGGUGUGUGUUUGUAGAAAACCUCAGCUGAGACUAAUAGGGUGAAAGUGGGUGGAGUUGGAUGGGUGGGGGAUGUUUUUUAGUUUUUUGUAAGCUGACUACUGUAACUGACUGAACUAUGGGGCAGCUGGACCAAACCCCCCCUCUGGGUCUUUGUCAAACAGAGAAAGAAGGGAAUGGAGGACCAGGGGGAAUAAUAAAAGGCACUGAAACAAAUGCUAGGAACAAGGGAGAGAUAAUGGUGUCCUGGUACCUAGUAGCUUGAAUGGGAACGAAAUUGAAUGGAGGGAGAAAAAAAGACGGGCGGGGAGACAGAGUGAAAGCUGGCUGGUAUGUGUAUGAAAGGAUUUUUCUCUCUGCUUUUCUUCAACCGAGCGCUUGAUUGGCAUUCUCUAGUGCCAAAUAGAGCUCUGUUCAGAGCAGGAGCUUUUAGAAAUGGAGUCUUAAGUACUUUAUACCCCAGAAUGUUGAGCCAAGUUGCAUUUAAACCCUUCAUUGGAAAGGGAAAUAGAGUUGUGGUGUCCACGUAUUGUUUUUUGCAAAAUGUGGUUUUCAGGAGUUAAUGUGAAUUAUUUUUUAAAGGUUCAUCAGUGGCCCUGAAGAGAAGGGAGAAAGCAUUAUCAACAUUUAUAACCAGUAGGAACCUCACCUCGAAGUGGACAUUAUUACCUGACUGUCUUAUUUGGUACGAUUCACUAACAAACAGGCUUCUUAGGUAAAAAAAAAAAAAAAAAGUUGUCUUUUGGUAUCCGUACUAUACUUGCCAAGUGCCAAGCCAAGGGAACAGUGGUCUCUUUGAUACCCACUCUCGCACUGUCCUCUCAAAUGGCGAGACACUGAUAUAAAGUGAGGUAGUGACAGAAAAAGACUUGAGGACUCAAUGUCCCAAAAUGGCAUUUUAACGGCUGGCUUCUUUUUCUUUAGAUGCUGGACACCUGCAUUGGAGUACAGAAAUAAUUGAGCCUCUGUGCUGUGCUUCUUUUAUAAUUGUGAUUUGUUGUUUUUUAACAUUGUUUUGUGCACAAGGGAAAAACAACUCACUCAUGUAGAAGCCAACACGACAGACACGACAGUACUGGUCUUGCUGAUGAAAAACUUGAUUUGAAAUAAUUUCUCUCUUUUAAAAAUUGUUAUUUAAGAGUGAUAAAUGUGACUGUGCCAUAUAUUGUCGAUACCGCAACAAAAAGGCGACUCUGCAUGGAAAGUGCAUGGAGUGUACCGCAAUCCUUGAAAAUACUACUCAGACUACAAAGUACAGAACAUGUCGAUAGUUUAGUGCUUUAUGCUUUUAUUUUACUCUGAAAACGGAAUAAGGUCCAGUGCCUUUUGAGAUGUAUUAAGGCAAGAAGGAUCAUUCAAACGAGGGAUAUUUGUAACGCUGACGAUGCUCUUAAAUGUGUUUUUGAUUUUCUUGGAUCUGCGGAUCAAUCGAUAUGUGAUAGUGACCCCUGAUAUUGUGUACAAUUAAAUCAAAGGGAGCUACAUACUGCUGGACAGAGUGAAACAGAAUCCAGUAAUUUGCAGUCCAAAUGCACAUGUGGCAUUCCGAGACACGUACCCGAUGAACACUUUAGAUUCUUUUUACUUAUUGUGAUGUUUGUUAUUUGCACCUUGUUUAUUUUUUCUCUCCUGCCCAGUAUUGUGAAUGAGUGAGAUGUUACAACGUAUGAAUUUUAAGUAAGCAUGAUGAUUUUUAAAUGUGUAUGUGCUUUUGGUACACAGAUUUUCUUAUCUAUUUCCAUUACAUUCUGAUUCGUGCUCUCAUUCCAUCCUAUCCAAAUUAUGAAAUAAGAUGACCUUUCUUAUCAAAAGGGAGAUGAAUCUGUCAUGUAAAUAUUGGUCUGUUUGUGUUAUGACCAAUUAGUUUGUAGUUCUCUAAGCGUUCUUUAAAAAUAUACUUUUUUCUGUUCCAAAUAAACUGCAGUUGUUGCCAACAGAAAACAACUGAAUCUUCGACGCUGCGCUCUUCCUGCUACACAGCGUACAUUUGCAUAUCGUUUGCAACUUGUGAGUCAAUAUUCAAAACUUUUUACACUACAAUCACAGGUUUCAUAUCGAGUGGUUGAACACAACAAGAUGUGCUCUACAGUUGCAUAAUCAUGUUUGUUUUUGUUUUUUUUAUCCCAUAUUGUCAGUAUCAAAUUUCAGAAAAUGUAUCGGAAUAGUUUGACAUUUUCGAAAAUACACUUAUUUGCUUUCAGUUAGACGAGAAGAUUGAUACCACUCUCAUGUCCGUUAAAAUGUGAAGCUAGCAGCUUAGCAGAAAAAAAACUGGAAAAGUUCACUAAUGAUCACGUCAUGUCUCUUGUGUUAAAUCUGUGAGUUUUACCUGGAAUUUACAAUUAAAGCAAGAUGACAGCAGACAUUUACUAACCAAACAUUUUUUCAUGUAGGCUCCAACAACAGAAAUCAGCACGUUUUAUUUGUUGAUUCACUGAUUAUAUUUUGGGCGGAGAAUCUGCCUACAGUCACACUACCGAUCUCAUAGCCUCACUGGGAGCCUCGAUCAAUCCUUACCGAUACCGUGAAUAAGUUCAGAACCUAUAAAGACAGAGCUAGCUGUCUUCCUCUGUUUCCUGUCAUUAAGCUAAGCUAACUGGCUGCUUGCUGUUCCUUCAUAUUUAACAUACAGAUAUGAAACUCGUAAUGUCAAACUAUUUCUUUGAAGCUGACAGCUUUAACAUGAAGUCUGUAAAAACUAAAAGUGGAAGAGGAGAGAACGAAAUAGAGUAUGGCACGUACACAAUGGCAGUAUUGUAGCCUAGUUGUAACUGAGAGUGGGUCUAGGGAAGGUUCAUUCACAGCUCAUUUCCAAAGGGGCGUCACCAACGGAUGCCGCUCAAAUGCCCCUGGGUGCAAUUGGAUAGUCCUUCAACCAAUCAGACCAACGAUCCGGGUGACUUAGCAGCGACAGCGGCAUCAACGGGUUGCUGCGCUUCGGUGGCCGACUUGUUGAAUAUAAAACUUGUUUAAUAUGAAACCUGCCACUGUGUUUUUGCCAAACAUUUAUUUCUGUAGCCUUCUUUCAUGAUGAUAAUAUCGUCUGCUGUUUGGUGGAAAAACACAGCAGAGAGUCUCAGAUGUAGAGUUGUAAUCGUUGGGAGCCAAGUUUUUCUGUCAUGUCUUCACCUCCAGAUUGUGAGGCCAUGCUGUGUCACUAAUGACAACCUUUAUAUAAAGUGGGUCAAAUAGUAACUGCAAAUACUUUUUGGCAUUUGUUUUAAUCUGAUGAAACUACUGAAUGUUUAGGGAUAGAAAAAAAAAACAAGUUAAAGCUGCUAUGUGAAGGAUGUUAUGCGAUUAUA